UAUGAUUUCAACACUAUCGGAGCAUAUAUCGUUAUCUUCAGUACGAAUAGUUUUAAAUGUGAUACAUCUACCUCUAGUGAUUUGUAUGUUGUAACUUAAAAACUAUGGAUUUAUUCAUUCACAGUUCAUCUCAGCUGAGACGGUUAUUCAACUUUCUUUGUGUAUUUUACACAUGUUUCCUGUUAUUCUGCCCGGGACAUGUUUUAGCAAGGGAUUGUUUAGGGAGAGACCAAUGUUCGUGUGCAUUCGACGACGAUCAGAGUUUAAUUGCCCUAAAUAGCCUGGGCAAUAGCGACGGCACGCCACGCUUUCAAGACAUCAACUCUAAUGACGGCAGCACAUAUUCCUACAACCCUUGCUAUCCUUUCUCAGAGGGUAGUAGUGGCUGUGCACAGGCAGCAGCUUGUGAAACAUCCUUGGGUGAAAGUGACAGUAUUGGUGAUGCUCAGAGUGCAAAGUUUACGUAUUCCGAUGGUGAAUUAGACGUGGGUUAUACUGCUGGCAGCGGCAUUCUAACUUUGACUCAAGUGAAACUGAAAUGCGAUGAACAUGCAUGCGAACCAUCGCUAGUUGCUGAAGGGAACACAGGUCUGAAUCAGUAUGCGUUCACUUUAACAACUGUCUGUGCAUGCCCGAAUGGUUGUACAGAAGAAGGUCCGGUGAACUGCACACCAAAUAGCAGUUCCGGAAUAGGAGGCGGGGCAGUAGUUCUCAUUAUCUUUUUCGCUUUUGUGUUCAUAUACGUAGUUGGUGGUACGGUAUUUCUUGCUGUUGGUAGAAAAGCUCGUGGUAAAGAAAUGAUUCCAAAUGUGGAAUUUUGGACUUCUUUGCCUGGCCUGAUAAAGGACGGUGUGCUGUUUACUUUACGGCCGUGUCUAGGCAGAAGAUCGGGCUACGUUGCAAAGUGAUAGACAAAACGUCCCAACUAUACAGUACAGCAUAAUCCACUUACAGCUAAUAUCAGUGCCUUUGGAUUUAUAAAACUGCUACAUGUGUAUGAAAGCUAUGAUAUAUAUUUUUUUUCCAUUUAGAAGCAAACAUAUAGACCUUGUGUCCUUUUUUUAUAAACUGCAUGUUAUUCAACAAUGACCCUAAAUAAUAUAUCCGACUUCGACAUUAAUACCUGAAUGGCUGAUCUUUAUUUUUUUCUGACAAUAAAUUAAAUAACAUAG